CCUGUCAAGAAAACACUUUUCCAGAAUUCUUUUUGACUAGCGUAUGUACUGUUAAUUAGAUUUUUAAAUCAAAUCUCAUUCCCAGGCUAGGAAGCCUUUUCACAAUCUGUUUCAUUCAGCAGCCUCUGUGAUAUAGCUAGUAAUAUGCAUAAGUAGCUUCGUUCUCAAGGAAAGGCAGGAUCACACAGCUUCCGAGCCUACCUAGGCCUAGCCUAGGCCCUGGCCUACAAGGUUUCAUUGCCACUAAGCAUAUUGAUUGGGUGUAGACACAUCAUUAAUGUAUUAAAGUUUGCUGUAGUCUGUAUCAAUACAAAACAUGUCAUUUCGGAAGUUUUUGAAGGGUGGAUUUGGAAGUGGUCGUAGAAUGUCUGACGCUCCGAACUGUGAAGAGAGUGACGAUGAGAGUGAAAGUGUUAAGAAAAUAGAAGUUCACCCUGAUACUGCCAAUCCAGAUAAAGUGUGGGAACGCAUGAAAGUGAAACAAACAGUCAAUAAGGUUACACCUAUGGACCCGCAGAUGCCAAAACCUGAAGGUCAUACACGCUUUGUGUGCAUUUCCGAUACUCACUCAAGACAUGAUCACAUGCCACCAAUCCCACCUGGAGAUGUACUGUUACAUGCUGGCGACUUCACCAAUAUUGGAAUGCCACAGGAAGUUGUUGCAUUUAAUGACUUCUUAGGAACAUUACCCCAUGAGCACAAAAUUGUGAUUGCUGGUAACCAUGAGGUGACCUUUGACAAGAAGAUGAUGGAAGAAGGGACUAGCCAAGUGUUUAUGGGAUUCUCAACAGCACUUCAACAACUCAAAAAAGUAGAUUAUGAGGAUAUCACCUCACAUCUCACAAACUGUACUUACUUGCAAGAUUCUGAGGUUGAAGUUUGUGGCUUUCGCAUCUAUGGAUCCCCAUGGCAACCAGAGUUUUAUGACUGGGGAUUCAACUUGCCAAGAGGUCAGGCUUGCCUAGAUCAAUGGGACAAAAUUCCAAAAGGAAUCGACAUUCUCAUGACACAUGGACCACCUCUCGGUCAUGGUGACAUAACAAGUACAAACACCCAUACUGGAUGCGUUGAGCUGCUGAAUGUUGUACAAAAGAGGAUCAAGCCUAAAUACCAUGUCUUUGGUCAUAUUCACGAAGCCUAUGGCGUGACCACCGACCAAGUUACCACGUAUAUAAACGCAUCCACUUGUACUCUGAGAUAUACACCAGUAAAUGCACCCGUUGUCUUUGAUCUGCCACCACCAACAUCAGAUGAAGUCACAGAAGAAAGUGAAAUGUAACGUACAAGCAUUUUGUGGAAGUGGGCAUAUUUUCAUUCAGAAGCGUGUACUGCCCAAAUUAUGUCAGGAAGGAAAAAAAUAAGAUGCUGUAUAAACAUAGUAUGAGGUGUGAAGAGAAUAUUUUGUGGUCUUGAAAAACUUAUAGUGCUGGUAUUUUGUCCAAAGCACAACCCAGAAGCAUUAAAUAGGAAGGCAAGUACACCUCAACCACCAAGCUACAGCACCAUAUCAAAGAGAAGGCAUUCUCCUGAAGUAGGUUUUAUGGCCACUGUGGCCUACAAAUGCUUCUUGUUGUCUUCAUAUUCAAGGACAAAAGCGAAUCUUGUUUUAUCAGACAUUCUUGGACAUUUGCAAUGACAUAGAUUUUUAUUUAUUUUAUUUUAUUUAUUCAAUCGUCCAACAGGACCAAGAAGGUCCCACUUACAGGCGAAGAUUGUAGUAAAAUAUUUCUAUGUACAAUAUAAAAAUAUAAAAUAUUUAAAAUUCAUCAAAUUAUUAAAACAUUGUAGAGUUAAAUAUUACAUCGAUUAAACACAUAAAAAUUACGUAAGAUAAUUAU